AUGUCGUUGUAUAGCCAGCCACUUGACUUAUUUGAUGUCUUGUCGUUAAUGCUGGAUGAAUCAACUUAUUUGGGACUUUUAUUGUCUCCGAAAUUUUAUAUAAAGAAAAGGACUUUAGCAAAAGAAAAGAAACGGGACGCCAUUGCUGUAGCUUUAGGCUGA